AUGUCGUCGACUGUAGCAAAUGAUUUAGAAAAUAAGAUUAUUCCAUGGCUCAAUGCUCAUGGAAACAAAAUUGAGCUUAAUAUUUCUGAAGGUUCGUUUCAGCAGCUUACGCCAACAAUUUAUACACAUACCAGUCCUGGAACAUAUAUAAGUAUUGGCUUCAAACAACCACUUCAGCAAGACGCUGUUGACCUUGAAGAACUGCAACAAAAUUUUAGCUACAUCGCACUCAAUAAACUUCCAUUACCUGGUCUGGAUGUACCAUCGAAUUGGGAAGUCUAUCCACAGACACCCAUGUCUUCUUUUCGCGAGGGUGUUCAAAUUGAUGAAUAUGAAAAUCAUCGAUUACACCUAACUAUCUCUACACGUUUCUUUGCCAUCUAUGGUCAUGAAAUACAAGAACAUCCAAUCAUGGAUAAAUCAGCAGAGGAAGGCACAUACUUGCAAGUACGACAUGAUAUUGAAGGUUUCAUCAAAGUCAAUUUACCAUUAAUGAUCGAAUAA